AUGAGAGACCGCCUCCAAGAGCUAAAACUAAGAGCUAAGGAACUACAGGUAGCUGGGGAAAACAAUGGUGCAACUGUACAAGAAGAGCAAGAGGAGUUUGAACAGCAGGCCAUUAUUUAUGAAAAAGAGCCCAUAACUGAAAGGCACUUGUACGAAAUCCAGAAGCUUCAGAAUGAAAUUAAUGAUUUGGUGGAGGAAGUUCAUAAAUUCAGUCAACAACAAAAAAGGCUAGUAUCUUCAAUGAGAAGAUUCAGCGUUCUUAAAAAGGAAUCUAACAUAGCAAGAGAAAUAAAAAUUCAAGCAGAGCACAUACGAAAAUGUUUGGAUGAACUGUCAAAAACAGUGAAAAAGGCUGAAAGUGAACAUGGGCCAUCACGUGCCACAGUAAGAAUUCUAGCUUACCAGCACGCUUUCUUAUCCCAGCGUUACCUAAAUGCUAUGCUUUCAUACAACAAUGCUAUAACAGCCAAGCAAGAGAAAUGCAGAAGAUUUAUUGUCCGUCAGCUUGAAGUAGCUGGUAAAGAGGUAUCUGAGGAAGAAGUCAAUGACAUGCUCCAACAAGGAAAAUGGGAGAUUUUCAAUGAAAAUUUACUCACUGAAGUCAAAAUUACCAAAGCUCAGCUUUCCGAGAUUGAACAGAGACACAAAGAACUAGUUAAUCUGGAGAACCAGAUGAAAGACUUAAAAGAACUUUUUAUCCAGAUAUCAGUUCUGGUGGAGGAGCAAGGGGAGAUGAUCAACAACAUUGAAAUCAGUAUGAACAAGACUCAAGAAUACACUCAAGUAUCUAAAGAAAAAUUUGGGCUUGCAGUCAAGUAUCGGAAAAGAAACCCUUGCAAAGCAGUUUGCUGCUGGUGUUGUCCAUGCUGCAAAUGA